UUUAGUUCAAAGGGAGGAGCCACGGCAUGUCCAAUGACCCUAAACCCUAAUAUUUUUCAAACCCCAAUACCUCACUCUCCUGCAUAAAGUCGCGAUUUUUUGGUCUCCCCCUCCUCGUAAAAUCUUUUCCCCGUCUCUGUUUUCAGAUCUCGGCUUUGUAAAGAUUCUCAUUUGAGGUAGCUUUUUCACGAACCUAGGGUUUCAAUUUCGCCUCCCCCUCCCUCCAAUCCCUAGGGUUUUUCCUCCCCCCACCAAUUUCCUGCAGAAAGGAGGGGAAUCCCUUCUGGGGUUCGUUAGGGUUCAUGGAGAAGGACAAGCUGCCCCCUCCUCCGUCACGCUACUUCCCGUUGAAACCUGAGCCCUCGGCCUCUUCGUCCUCGUCCUCAUCCCAAGUUCCGGAGGCUUCCUCGGGCGGUUUUAGCCAUGAUAUCAGCCGGAUGUCCGAUUUCCCCGCCCGGAACCCCGGCCAUCGGCGCGCUCACUCGGAGAUCCUCAGCCUCCCCGACGACCUCAACCUCGACGGCGACCUCGGCAUUGUGGGCCCCUCCGACGGCCCGUCGCUAUCCGACGAGACCGAGGAGGAUUUCUUGGCGAUGUACCUGGACAUGGAGAAGCUUGGGUCCACCUCCGGGCCGGAGCUCGUGGGCCCCGAGAGCUCGGCUGCUGCAGCGGUGGGGGGAUCGUUGUCAUCGCCUUCUUCUUUGACGAAGGAUGGGAAUCUGGGUCCGGGGAGGAGUGAGAGGCCGAGGGUAAGGCAUCAGCAUAGUCAGUCGAUGGAUGGGUCGUCGACGGAGCUGCUCGGGUCUAACUUGGAGGGGAUUGAGGGGAAGAAAGCCGCGUCGGCUGCAAAGCUGGCUGAUCUUGCGCUUGUUGAUCCGAAGAGGGCUAAGAGAAUUUGGGCAAACAGGCAGUCAGCUGCACGGUCAAAAGAAAGGAAGAUGCGCUACAUUGCAGAGCUCGAGCGGAAGGUGCAGACACUGCAAACAGAAGCAACAACUUUGUCAGCCCAAUUGACAAUGUUACAGAGAGAUACAACUGGUCUCACUGCUGAAAAUAGUGAGUUGAAGUUGCGGUUACAAACGAUGGAGCAACAAGUUCACUUGCAGGAUGCUCUUAAUGAUGCUCUAAGGGAGGAGGUUCAGCGAUUGAAAGUGGCAACUGGACAAAUGAUGCCAAAUGGACCAAUGAUGAAUUUUGGACAAUCGUCGUUUGGAGGUAAUCAACAAUUCUAUCAUCAAAAUCAGAACCAGUCAAUGCAGUCACUAUUGGCAGCCCACCAACUUCAGCAACUGCAAAUACGUCCUCAGCAUCAGCAUCAGAUUCAACAGCAGCAGCAGCAGCCACCAGCUGAUCUCAGAAUGAGAGGAACCGUUUCUUCUCAGAACCAAAGGGAGAGUACGGGUGAUAGCAGCAAUGCUUUAAUGGAGUGAGAGGCCCAGAGUUAGACUAGCUUAUUGUUAGUUCUUGUUAUAUAAUAUAUGGAGGGAGCAUGAAUUAAAUGUUAGUAUCAGUAUUUACUGCAGUUGGUACAUAUUCAGUUUUUUGAGAAAUUGCAGAUCUUCUGUAAGAUCAAUGGCUCUUGUUUUGUUGUUUGGGUAUGGAAGCAAAAUUUGUCUUGUUAAUUGUUUGGUAUUAUGAAUUAAACUUUUUGGGUGUUAAUACUUUUGGACAUCAGCAUUGAGAGCUAUUCAAUUCAGUUUAACCA